AUGCCUCUUUUUGGUAAGUCUCAAAAGAGCCCUGCGGAGCUAGUGAGAUCAUUAAAAGACGCUGUUACAGCGCUGGAGAGAGGUGAUAAGAAAGCUGAAAAAGCACAGGAAGAUGUUAGCAAAAAUUUGGUUUUAAUAAAAAAUAUGCUGUAUGGGACAUCUGAUGCAGAACCACAGACUGACAUCAUUGUAGCACAGCUAGCGCAGGAGUUGUAUAAUACUAAUCUUCUUUUGCUUUUGAUACAAAAUUUGAACCGAAUUGACUUUGAAGGAAAGAAAGAUGUAGCUCAAGUGUUCAAUAAUGUUUUGAGGCGUCAAAUUGGGACCCGUUCACCAACUGUUGAGUACAUAUGUACUAAGCCGGAAAUAUUGUUCACCUUGAUGUCUGGGUACGAACAUCAGGAAAUUGCUUCCAAUUGUGGAACAAUGUUACGAGAAUGUGCUAGAUAUGAGGCUUUGGCAAAGAUAAUGUUAUACUCUGAUGACUUUUACAAUUUCUUCCGUUAUGUAGAAGUGUCAACUUUUGAUAUUGCCUCUGAUGCCUUUUCUACUUUUAAGGAAUUGUUAACAAGACAUAAGAUGUUAUGUGCAGAGUUUUUAGAAGCAAACUAUGAUAAAGUUUUCAGUCACUAUCAGCGGUUAUUGAAUUCCGAAAAUUAUGUAACCCGACGGCAAAGCCUUAAGCUUCUUGGCGAGUUGCUUUUAGAUCGACACAAUUUUUCUAUUAUGACGCGUUAUAUCACAAAUCCCGACAAUCUGAAACUUAUGAUGAAUAUGCUUAAAGAAAAAUCACGUAAUAUUCAAUUCGAGGCCUUUCAUGUUUUUAAGGUAUUUGUAGCGAACCCUAAUAAGCCAAAACCAAUAUUAGACAUUCUCUUAAGGAAUCAAGACAAGUUAGUUGAUUUUCUCACCAAAUUUCACACAGAUCGUUCCGAAGACGAGCAGUUUAAUGACGAAAAGGCUUACCUUAUAAAGCAAAUCAAAGAGCUUAAACCAUUAGAACAC